UAACCAUGUAAAUCUCCGUGACCAAAACAACGCCUUCCUUCUUACACAAAUGACUGGAGCGUGAUCCCACAGGCCAUGUGGCUGACCAGGACGUCUCUUAAAUUAUCUUUACCUCCCUUUUCCUGUUGAGCAGUCGCUGAAGAGAAGAAGGCAGCGAAAGAGUCACCGCCGUUGGAUCCAAGAGUAAAUCCUAGAAGUACCGCAGUGAACCCUUGGCAGCAUCUCUACCAAUGGACAACGCAGGGAUGAGACAAGGAAUUGUGAUUAAAGAUGACUGGCCUGGCUACAGUCUGGACCUGUUCACUUACCCCGAACACUACCACGAAGACAUCGAGAAUGUUUACAUCCCACACGGGGUCAUCAUAAACAGGACGGAGCGUCUGGCCCGAUACAUCAUGGACGACUUCGGUGAAAACCACAUAAUGGUGCUGUGCGUCCUGAAGGGAGGAUACAAGUUCUGCGCGGAUCUGGUAGAGUUCAUCAAGAUCCUCGGGCGCAACUCCAACAAGUACCUGGAGACGCGGGUGGAGUUCAUCCGUUUGAAGAGCUACCUGAAUGACCAGUCAACAGAGGACCUGCACAUCGUAGGAAGCCGAGAUCUGUCUUUUCUGCGUGGAAAGUGCGUGCUCAUUGUUGAGGCCAUCGUCGACACAGGAAAGACCAUGCAGGCCCUUCUGAAGCACGUGGAGACCUUUCAACCCAAGAUGGUCAAGGUCGCGGGGCUGCUGGUGAAGAGGGUCCCUAACAUGGCUGAAAGUCUGACAGACUACGUCGGAUUUGAAAUUCCCAACCGCUUCGUCGUCGGCUACGCCCUGGACUACAACGAGUACUUCCGGGACCUGAACCACAUCUGCGUAAUCAGCAAAGCCGGGAAGAUGAAGUACAAGGUUUAAGAAGAGCUCAAACCAUAAAUUACGGACAGUUUCACAACGGCAGAAUGUAUUUGUAAAGGUUCGCCGUGCCUGGAAAAUGAAAGAGCGUCCUCCAAACUCCUGCGCGGACGCCGCGAAGUGUCUUCAAAUAGAAAUAAACUGUUAGAUGCGACACCAUUAUUA